AUGGUGAAGCCCUUCUGCGCGAUUGUUGGUGUGGCGGGAAGCGCAUUCGAGGUGGACAUAGACGAGAGUGCGUCGGUUUCCGCGUUAAAGAAGGCGGUGAAGGAGGAGAACGCAUCGACGAUCACAUGCGACGCCAAGAACCUGCAGCUCUUCCUGGCGAAGAAGAAGAAAGGCGCUGGUGUGUGGCUAACGGAGAACGACGCGAAGGACGGUGUCAGUGACACGAGUGAUUUGAAGCUAUUGGGCGUUGCAGGAGCGCCGCUCAGCUUGGUUGGCUUGUCGGAGAAGGACGUCAAGUUCGUACCCACUCUAGAGGAUGUCGAGUCGAUGAACACACCUGUUCACGUGCUGGUGGUGGUUCCGGAGCAAGACGGUACUAUCUCAAAAGAGAUGUCUGCAGCGACAACGCCACUGACUCUAGAGCAAGUGGAGAUGUCAAUGAAUAAGGUCCUCAGGGAACGAGAUGAGAAGGCGUCUGCGUAUUCGUUUUCCGAUCUGAAUACUGCGAUGGAAGAGCGAAUUGUCAAGAAGAUGCGCUUGACCGAAAAUAUUCCUGAUGUCAAGGAGCCAGUCGAUACUUCCAUCGCCGGUUAUUCGUGGAUUCCAAAAAUCGUGGAGAGCGAGGAAAGUCAAAGGGCUGGGUACAUGGCGUACUUGCAGCAGCAUUUGAAGACGCUGAUCGAUCGAGGAGACUUCUUGUUGGAUGACAUUGCGGGCGAUAAAUCAGUUCUUAACAUCGUGGACCCAAGACUUCCGUUUGCUAUGAAAGGCACAGCUGAUGUAUUGCUCAUCAAUCGAACAGCGAAGAACCCACUGAUUAAGCAUAGAACACACCCGCUUUUCUAA